AGGUGAGUCUUCGUGGUUUAAGGUGCAGAGCGGCGUGUACCUGUGUGUAAUGGAAAAGUUUGCGGACCACCUUACUACCGUCCCCACCCACGUCACCGCCAGAUGCCAAAGACGAGCAUCCACAUCAAUGGAGAGGUGACGCGCUUUGCAGCGACGUGUGUGCCCCUGUGUUCUGUCUGCGCGCGCUCCGGCCGCGCCGCCGCCGCACGGAGAUCAGGUGGUGAAAUGUAGCCGAACUUGACGCGGUCGGAAUGUGCUGGAGAACAUGGGUCGACGAUGGCCAGGCAACGGCGAGUGAUCGAGUCGACAAUCGACCCACCGCAGACUAGACCAGAUCCGCAGCAAUGAGCGCCUCCUUUCUGAAAUCUGAAUCCACGUCGUCCUUACUGAAAUCCUCCUCGACCGCGAGGAGACCGACACACCUCCCCGAGCACGCAGCCGACGGCCGGAGGAGUCAGCAUCACCAUCAGCACCAGCACCAGCACCAGCAUCACCACCGUCCCGCCGCGCUCCAGAGCGGCGGAAGAGCCGACGGGUCCUUCUGGUCGGCCGAAUGCGACGUCAGUGCCCGAAGACCCCUGUGCCACCCAUCCCUGGCCGGCGCCCCGGACGCUAGUAACAGCGAAGCCACGCGGGACAAGUGCAAGUCGCACGCCCCUCACAGCCAAGUUCCCGACCCCCCGGAGUCAAGCGGCGAGGCGAGCCGAGCGGCGAGGGACGGCUGCAGGUCAUCCAAGCCCACGCACCGGCACCACCACCGCAGGAAGCACCACCGGGAGGACCGACCCCCGGCUGCCGUGCCCCCCGACUCUGAGCACCGUCGGCGCUGUCACACCCACGCCCGCCCGGCCCCCGGGGCGCCCUGUUCGGCGGACAGACAGGACGACAAGGCGCCGCUGUGUGAGUCCAAGGACCACAGGGGGGGCAGCGUGACAAACAGCGGCGGGCAGAUCAGCAGCCAGUCCCCGUCGUCGGGCUCACUGGCCCCGCUGUCCAGCAGGUCGUCUCGUCGCUCCCGCAGGUCCAGUGCUGCUUCUUCUGCGUCGGAUAUCAAUUUACGCACUAUUCUUAAUUCACUCUUUGGGCAGGACCGAGAGCUGAGGCCAGAAGAAAUGGAUGAGCUGAGAGACGCGUUUAAAGAAUUUGACAAGGACAAGGAUGGUUUCAUCAGCUGUAAAGAUUUAGGAAACUGUAUGAGAACGAUGGGAUACAUGCCCACUGAGAUGGAGCUGAUUGAACUGAGCCAGCAGAUAAAUAUGAACCUGGGAGGUCAUGUGGACUUCGAGGAUUUCGUAGAGCUGAUGGGCCCAAAACUCCUCGCUGAAACUGCAGACAUGAUUGGAAUUAAAGAGUUAAAAGAUGCAUUCAGAGAGUUUGACACCAAUGGGGAUGGAGCUAUAAGCACGUCAGAGCUCAGAGAUGCAAUGAGGAAGCUGUUGGGCCAACAGGUGGGUCUAAAGGAGGUGGAGGACAUCCUAAGAGACGUCGACUUGAACGGUGACGGACUGGUCGAUUUUGAAGAGUUUGUACGAAUGAUGUCUCACUAAGAUCAUGCAAUGAUCGGCCCUGAAUGUGAAGCUGUGUCCUUUCCUAUACUUGAUCACGCGCAACAAGGGAGAUGUUAGGAUCUACUGAGCCAUCCAAAUCUGAAUGACACUGGAAUUAAAACUCCUCGAAUGUUACGGAGCGAUGAGUCACCUCACACCUUUCAAAGGGUUCUUCCUGAAAAAGUCUCUAGUUUGACAACUGAGGCGGAAUUUGCUGUAGCCUAGCUGAAGAUUGUCCAACUUGUGUUUUUGCACUUUAAUUCUCACUAAAUAACUUCCUGUGUGGAUAGAUCGAUGGUGUCUUGUCCCAUCAUCUACAUGGCGUCAAGUGUCCCAUAAAACGUCCUCAUUGAUGUACGACACAUACAGAAUGAGAGCGCGAAUGCCUGGAGAAAAAAUACAAAAGCUCUGCGCACUGUGUGGUUUGUGCUUUAUUAGAAACCUGUAAGUGAAACGUCCUCCGUGUGACAUUGGUGCUCCACCAAGAAACCCAUGUGGCAGCAUCGCCCCUGGAUUGUAAAUGUGUGCCCAUCUGUGGUUUGUCACUGUGCCAGUUUAUUAGGAACAUGUCUGUCUUACAGCUACAUGCAAAGAAGACGCAGAUGUCUGACAGUGAGAAACAGAAAUGUGAAAUACACUUCACAUAUGUUAUUUGUCACGCUGGUUAGUUUACUGUACAACAGCUCCCAAAUCCACUCACUGACAUUAUCCUGCAGUGGUGAGCAGCAUCCCACACGCUGUCCAUCAGUGCUCACAGGUUUGAGUUCCCAGUCUUUAGUCUCGCUUCUCGUUCUUUUAAUCUCUCCCCAUUUAGAAGCAAACAGCACAAACAACAUAUGCGAACUGUAUUUACAGCCAUAGUUAAUAUGUAUCCGUUCUAUAUGUCAAAAUGACUGUAGCUGUGAUAAUGUCCCACACGUCUGUGUUGUCCAAGACAUUUCUUGCAUGCCAAAGAGAGACAUGUGUUGACAUUAGUAUGCACACGUGCAUUUGGUCUAACAACAUUUUGCCAAGGUAUCUGUAGAAAAAUAAAGUGUUUACAUUACAGCCCCUUUUUUUGUGGUGACACUAUCAAAAAAAUACAGCAGCAAUAUAGUACAGUUUGUCAUGUAGGGAUGAAGUGAAGGUCUACUGGAGAAAGUCAAAACCAGUACAAACGGCUUGAUUGGGAAAACAUUCAGUGUCAAGCUACCUCGUAAUCUUUACUGUGCGUUUGUAAGGUUUUAUUAAAAUGUCAUUAUCAGCAUAUUGACAUAGCACUGUGUGCUGUCACUGCUUGUCUGGAGGACAAACCUCCUCAGCAUAUCUAUUAUUUAGAUGUCUUCUGUGGGACUGCAGGGGGCUGUAGGAACGUCUUCCCUGCAGAACCACCACUGUGCAAGGCACCGACUGAAUAUAAGUGUGAAUAACUGUUCUGUGUCCCUGUGUGACCUUUCGUUCAUUUACCUUUCAUGGAAGAUUUGUCAAACUACAAACAUGUAGCCACAAAUAUAUAUUAAAUAUAUCAUAAACAUA